AUGAGACGUAACAAAAACUACUAUUAUCCAUUUGCUAACGACGGUAAUAACUAUCACAAACACUAUUUUUUUGUAGCUGAGCGUUUUAAUAAAUUCACAAGGUUGAAUUCUCUAUCAUCUCUUGCUGUUAUUCAUAAUAAAAUCACGGACCUCUCAGCUAUCUCUUCGUUCGACGUCUUGCUGCCAAGUUAUCUUACUCAAAAUGCUUUCAGAAAAACGCAAAAAAGUGAGAUAUUCUACAGAUCCAAACGGAAACUUAUGGGCUGA